AUGCUCACCAUCGACACAAACCGGCCGCCAAUCUACUCCCCUACGCUGCGUAAAUGGCUCCACCAAUACCGCGAACCUACAGCUGACCAAGACCACACCCUCCAUGCCAUCACCCCACCCGCUACCAUCCUCCCGCGCUCAUACCACCCUACCGACACCUCCCGCCCGGGGAUCAAAUACCUAGACCGUGACUGGUGGUACCGGUGCCUCGCGCAAGACGCGCCCGAGACCGGCGCCGCCGUGGGCCACAUCGAUGCCCUCCUCGCCGAGAGCCAAGUCGUCACGACACAUGCCGAGAUCCUGGACCCCACCAUCGGGACCCUUCUCGCCUUCGGGGGCGCGCUCGACGAGCAGCGCACUGGGCGCUUUACCGAGACGGCGGUGGUGGCGAUGGGGGCCGUGGGGAGUGAGGUCGGGAUUGGCAGUGUCGUUGAGGGGUGGCGGGGUGUGGAGGACGCGAAGGGGGUGGGCGUGGGCGUGCUGGGUAUGUCGGGCAUGGAGAAAGUGGUGGAGUGCGGCGCGAGGGUGAGGCAGGUUUGUACAGCGGGGAUGAGGGAUGGGGAGUUGAAAUCGAACAUGGCGGUGCGCACGGCGAGCAGCACGAUGCUUUUCCGGCAGCGGCGGUUGGAAGUGCCAUUGCCGGGGCAGACAACGCGGCUUGCGGCAAUCCCGCUGGCGAGUGUGGCUAGCGGGACGGGGAAGAGGGCGCACGCCCAUGUCGCGUUUAAUCCGUGGUACGAGAAGCAGUUCGGCAUCAUUGACGAGGGCGGCCGGUGGCGAGUCUACGAUCUUGAGGGCGCGCAGGCAAGGGAUUGGCGCAUCAGGUCGAAUGUGAAGGUGGUGGAGAUGGGGAAGGGAUAUGUGGGCGCGGAGGGCGGUACUGGGUGGGGUAGACUGCUGUGGGGCGCUGAUGUGAACAGUGUGAUUGCGUGUGACCGCAAGAGGGCGGGACUGUUUGAUAUCAGGAACAUCCCCUCCACACGAGCAGAUAUCACCAUCCCCGUCUACCAAGGCAUCGACCAGGGCUAUGUCCUCGACCUCCAGCGCGGCCCCGAAAGCGCCAGCCAAACCAACGAUGUCUUCCUCCUCACCUCCGCCACCCUGACAUGGCUCGACCUCCGUCACUCCGCAAAGCCCAUCAUGAGUCUCCCGCACUACCGCAACCAGAACGACAUCUCCCUCGCCAUGAGUCUCCUGCAGAUCGACCGCACAACCAUGAACGCACUACUCUACUCGCGCCUCAACCACCUCAUCACCUCCUUCCGCUUCGAUCACAACACCGUAGAGAACUUCCCCAUCACGCUCGGCCGCCCCACCACCGUGUCCGGCCUCGUCCCCCGUGACGCCUCAGCGCCCGUCCAGCUCGGCCUCACAGUAAACCGGUGCCUGCUCAAGCAGCGCGGACAGACGGACGAGAAAGGAGAGGAAUACCUCUCCGAUGAGAACCUCCGCUUCUUCACGGCCUUCAGCACAGGUCCAGAACUAGAGAUCACACAGCGCGUAUACAGCAACAAGGACCUCUCCAUCACGCUACACCCCGACCGUGGCCGAGAGGUAAAGAGCGCAUACGCUAUCCCUCCCACCGCCGAACCCGACUCCGACAACGAAGACGCCCCCCCCGAGCCCCAUCCCGCAGAGGUCAGAGUCGGCUUCCGCGCCCUCUACAAACACGCCUUUCCACGCUCUGAUCCGACGCUGCGCACCGCGUCUGAGGACGACCCGGAAAACUCCAUCGCGGCGACAACAGCCCGCCUCAAAACAGCACUGACGGACCGUCUCGCGCGCGGCGACCUUGGUAUUAUCACGCUGCUCAACCUGCACCGUCCCGGCAUGCUCUACGACAGUUUAGACGUCUUCCAAACCUCCAUCCACACCCUCCUCACCACCGACCCCGAUCUCACCCCCUACCAGCUCCGCACCCUCCUCCCCUCCCCCCGCGCCACCACCGCCGACGACUUCCUCGCCACCACAGAUACAACAGACCCACCUAGCAUCAGCAUAGAACAAACAUACAACUGCAUCCUCAACGCGUGGGUCACCCCGCUCCCGGAACACACGCCCCCGCGGGUGCGCCUGCGCAGGGAACGCCUCUCCCGCGCGCUCGCAACAGACCUCUUCCUCUCCACGCUCGGCGUCAACCUGCAACCGCAGACAGUGCCGCCAGACCCCGAGCACCUCCUCGGCAUCCGCACCUACGCCAACGUCUCCGCGCGCAUCACGCUGCCCGACAACCUUGCGGGCGUGCUGGGGAAGUGGGUGGUGGGCGAGGACCCAGACGAGGUCGAGUAUGCGCCGGACGAGGAGGACGAAGCGGCGAGGGCGCGGAGAAGAAGGAAGAAGAAGCAGCAGAGGAAGGCCAGGGAGGGGGAUGACGUGGGGAGGCUGAGGGGGGAGGUGGAGAGUUGGAGUCUGGGGACGGGGUCGCAGCCGCCGGCGGUGGUGGUGGCGGCGACGCAGGGGAGUAGUCAGGUGGUGGGGCUGGCGAGUAGUCAGGCGGGGCCUGGGGUGAUGAGUCAGGUUGAGAGGGGGCGGCAUGGGGGAAGGCAGCCGGUGGGGAGGAAGAAGAGGAGGACGGGGUUUUAG